AUGUAUAUGGAGAUUUCUUCAACCGGAGCUUCCAUUGAAUCGACUCCUUACGUCGAGACUGAUCCUUCCGGUCGAUACGGCCGUUUCAGAGAAGUACUUGGCAAAGGAGCAAUGAAGACGGUUUACAAAGCCUUUGACCAAGUUCUAGGAAUGGAAGUCGCAUGGAAUCAGGUUAAGCUCAACGAGGUCUUCCGAUCACCGGAGCCGUUACAACGCCUCUACUCCGAGGUCCAUCUCCUCAAGAAUCUCAACCACGAAUCAAUCAUCCGCUACUGCACUUCCUGGAUCGACGUCAACCGCAGAACGUUCAACUUCAUCACUGAGCUCUUCACAUCCGGCACCCUUAGAGAGUAUCGAAGGAAGUAUCAAAAGGUUGAUAUCAGAGCAAUCAAGAGCUGGGCACGCCAGAUCUUGAAUGGUCUUGCUUACUUACACGGGCACGAUCCUCCCGUCAUUCACAGAGACCUCAAAUGCGAUAACAUAUUCGUUAAUGGCCACCUCGGGCAAGUCAAGAUUGGUGACCUCGGCUUAGCCGCGAUCCUCCGUGAGUCACAACAUGCUCACAGCGUCAUAGGAACGCCUGAGUUCAUGGCACCGGAGCUGUACGAAGAAGAUUACAAUCAGCUCGUGGACAUUUACUCGUUCGGAAUGUGUGUCCUUGAGAUGCUUACCGGUGACUACCCUUACAGCGAGUGCUCCAACCCUGCGCAGAUAUACAAGAAAGUUACAUCGGGGAAGUUGCCUGAGUCUUUCCAUCUGAUUCAAAACACGGAGGCUCAGUGUUUCGUUGGGAAAUGCCUGGAAACUGUCUCAAAGAGAUUGUCUGCGAAGGAGCUCUUGGAAGACCCGUUCCUCGCCACAACUGAUGAGAGAGAUUUAGCGCCUCUUUAUAGAUUGCCGCCACAGCUGGCGAUUCAGAAUUUGGCUGCAAAUGGGACGGUGGUGGAGCAUCUGCCUUCUGCGACUGAUCCAACUCGAACGACAGAUAUGUCGAUAACAGGAAAGAUGAACUCAGAAGACCACACCAUCUUUCUUCAAGUACAGAUUUCAGAUGAGGAUGGGCACAUGAGGAACAUUCACUUCCCGUUCAGCAUUGUAAGCGACACACCUCUAGAAGUAGCUUUGGAGAUGGUGAAAGAGCUUGAGAUCAAUGAUUGGGAUCCUUUGGAGAUAGCAGCAAUGAUAGAAAAUGAGAUAUCUUUGCUCGUCCCUAACUGGAGAGUCCAUGAAUCUUCUUCUCCCCGGCACCAUAGCUUUGGUCAUGACGAUGAUGAUGAUGACACUGACGAGGGAGGAGGAGGAAGAACACAGCCUUUCUUCUCUGCUCCUUCCUCUCACGAGUCUCCUGCAGCAAUUGGAGACGAUAGGGAAGGUUUUAGUAACGAUAUGAUCCGAGGUAACGAUGGUGGCAGUAGGAGAAGCCAUAAAAGUUGGUUGAAUUCUUCAACAGACCACUACUCCCCUGCCAUUGAUGAUGAUGAUGAUGAUCAAAGCCAGCAACACAGGAGACGGUUAAGGCUACAUAAGAUGAGAUCGCUGGUGGGCACGAGAACGCAGGUGCUGCACCGAUCGCUCAUGGAGUUGAUCAACAGGCGAAGUGGGCGUGGCUUCAACAGGACCGUGGACGAGCUACAACGUCAACGGUCCACUGAUUUCUUGAGACGAUCUUGA